AUGGCCCGCUUUAUUUCAGUGGUUGUAUUUACUGUCUCACCUUCUUGUGGUUCACCAUGGCGUCUCCGACCGCGACAGGUGUUGGCGACGUCCGUUGCGAACUCGUGUUUCUUCCUCACGGCCUCUAGCAGCGUCUCAGCAGUGCAAUAUAAUGGUACACGUUUCCUGAGCGUGACUCACGCGUGGUCGAUAGCUGUAGUUCAACAGGGCCAACCCUUUCCUUCCCCUAGCUUCCCUCCUUUCCCUUCCUCUUCCGAGACUUUCCGGAAUCGUUACAUCUCACCCCAUAUCCACUGGUCGACGAUGCAGGUCACCGAUAAAGUGGCGAUUUUUUGGGACUACGAGAACUGUGCCUUGCCGACGAACACACCCGGUUUCCUCGCAGUGAACAACAUCCGCCGGCUUGCUCACCAGUACGGAAGCGUAAUCUCGUUCAAGGCAUACUUGGAGCUCCCGGAGCAGCCGUCCUCGCGGUCCGUAACACUUCGGUCGGAGCUUCAGUCCUGCGGCGUGUCGUUGAUCGACUGUCCGCACAAUGGCCGGAAAGACGUCGCGGACAAGAUGAUUCUUGUGGACAUGCUCACAUACGCGAUCGACAACUCUGCUCCAGCGACCAUCAUCUUGAUCUCCGGGGAUCGCGAUUUUGUGUAUGCGGUCUCGGUGUUGGGUCUGCGGAGGUACCGCGUAAUACUACUCUCCCCUGUCGCCGCGCACGUGAGCCUCAAGGCGCAAGCAGCGGAGGUGUUCGACUGGCCAGGAUAUGUCGUGCCAGUGCCGGAGAAGGCGGCCGUAUCCUCGUGUCCGUCCACGCCUCCGAGCGUCGACUCGAACAAAUCCCAUUCACAGGAUGUCUUCAAUUCCAAUCCAUUCCCGCAGCCACGUUCUCAGUCCACCAAGCCGCCUCCGGUCCUGUCUACCCCGCCGUCGCCAACGGUAUCACGACAGGAUAGACAGACAUCGGAACCCGAGCCAGUGUUUACUCUGGCGGCGUGGAAGGCGAAGCAGGCUGAGAUGAGACCAAAGACACCGGCAGUUAACAUGGUUCGUCCUCUUGCCAACACUAUCCAGUCGCCUACGCCGUCAACAUCUAGUACACUGAGUUGUGAGAGCAUUCCGGUUACUACGCCACGGAAAUCAACACCUGUAGAGAAGGUACCCGUGCCAGAAUGUGCUGCACCCACGCCUAUCACUCCUGUCAACGAGACACGACCGUCAUCUUGGAAAUGGCCUUCAACGAGCACCUGGGAUAGCUGGGCCACUGCUCCAGCUCCUACCCCACCGGCUAUCCCGUCACUGAGUAGUGCUGCUCCAAGAAAUGAGUACUUGUGGCAAACGUUCGACGAGAUUCCGCAGUUCACUCCUACCGUGGUCAACUCGUCGUCCGCCGCUUCGGCGAAGGCGCCAGCCCUUAGCUUUAGUCCGGCAGCAUCUUUGAGCCCAAUGCGCUCAGCCUCCAAGAUACUUGCACCAAGCGUAGGUUCGGUGUCGUCCGUAAGACCUGUGCCACCCCUGCCCCCGAAGGCACCAACGACGACCACUCCGGUGCCCAAAGCCGGAAACUCCGCACCUCCCGCCCCGACCACAUGCACCCCAAGCAAGAUGUCGCGCACAGUUUCCAGCUCGACAUCGACGUCUACCUCCAAGUCUACCUCCAAGUCAAAGUCAAAGUCCAAACCCGUCCCGGCCGAGUUCCGCUCCCUCGUGAAAGUGCUCACCCAGCAGAUCAGCGAGGGCAAUAUGCACCUCUCUUUCUCGGCACUCGGUUCGCUGCUCCUCAAGGAGUCUCCGAGCGUGUACGAGUGCGCGGGAGUCUUGACUCUGAAGCAGUACACAUCGCUCGCCGCGGAGGCGGGCGUGGUGAAGCUGGCGGAUUACCAGGACGUUCCGGGCGGGAUGGACGGAAAUCGGUACGUGUCGCUGUGCCCAGUGUAUCAUAAGGAUGCUCCCUAG